CCAGCAGCAGACAUAAAGGGUGAUGGAGAGGGGAGGAGAGGGGGAGGAGAGUGGGGCUUUGGGUGUGUGCGGUGUUUGGGGGAGGGACUCAUUUAGUCAUUUAGAGAAGUUACUGAAGAAGUUCCUGAUUUACCAGAAGAAAGUAGAGAAGCUGCAUUAGGGACAAUUGAAGCCUCAACAUGAAAGCCUGUCACAUUUUGAUCUGCUGCUUCUUCCUGUCAGGUCUGCAGGAUGAAAACACUGCGCUCUUCAAUGAGGAGAUCUUCGUCUACUCGGCCACUGAAGGAGGAGAGGUCACAGUCCAGUGUUCUUUUUCCGUAUCUCGAACCAGGAAGGUCUUCUGUCUGGGAGAAUGUAAAAAAGGACAUAUUCUCAUUGAAACUACAGAAGACAGAGCUAAAAGUGGCCGAUACAGCAUCGAAUAUGAAUAGGGAGAACUCUCUGUGACCAUCACGCAACUGACCAAGUCGGACUCCGGAACAUACCACUGUGGUCUGGGCACCUAUUUGAUGCUGUACGUGGAGUUGAGGAUCAUUGUCACAGAUGCACUGCUGGAUGGAAGCCACCAGGCUUCUGAAGCAAAACCCCUCCAUAAAAGAAGUGGAGAAAAUAUCACGGUCGAAUGCACCUUUACUCAGUCUGGAAGGACGAAGCACUUCUGUAAAGAGGAAUGUGAAAAGGACGUUCUUGUCCAAACGACCGGUGACACAGGUCAGAGUGGCAGGUAUAGAAUUGUAUAUUUGACGGGAGCUACAGGAGGAUUUCUGUUUGUGACCAUCACGCAGCUGGUGGAGUCGGACUCUGGACGGUACAGAUGUGCUCUGGACAGAGUAUCACACAGGGACUUUGACGUCAUUGUCACAGAUGGCCCGUCAGCCUCCACAACAACAUCACAGAGUUUGAGCUCCAGAGUCACACCUUUAUUAGAUCUCCCCAAAAUCACUGACCAGCUGCAACCUGAGACUACAGAUCUGGCGCUGCCUGUCGGCCUGACUCUGGCCGUCAUGGUCGCCCUGUUAUCGGUGGCUGCGCUCUGCUUCUGCAGAAACAGGACUUCAAAACUAAAGGAGCCUCCUGUGGAAACACAGACGGCUUCUGUCUCUGAGGCAAUCUCUCCCAUUUACACGAACGCCACUCACGCCAAACGAAAAGGAGUCAAUGACGACAACAGCUUCGUCACUGCUGCCACUACUCAGCACAAACCUGAAGACGACUCAGCUACAGUCACCUACGCUCAGGUGAAUUUUUCGAACAGGACAACUGGCUCGGCCAAAAACACCCCACAUGGUGACGACGAGCAUGUUGUAUAUUCUGUCCUUCAGGCGUCUGUGAGAUGAACCACCUCUGUUACUUUGAUGAUCCCUGUAAACAAAGAACAACUUGUAUGAGCAAAAAGAGCAAUACUCUUUUUCAAAAGUUUUUGUUGAAACUGUUGAUUUACAUUGGGAUUUACAUUGGGGGUAGAAUAUACUGCUGUAUAUUCUACCCCCAAUGAUUUGAAUGGGGUGGACAAAAUAAUAGGAAAACUUAUCAACAAAUGCACUUCAACAUCACAUAACUCCGUAUGCCCCAAAAAGAAACGUUUAAGGUAAAAUACCUUCCAUGUUGAAUGGACAUUUUGUUCAUCAACAUAAGUUAGGUAACCUCUUUUCACAAACAGGAACUAGUUCAGUUUAUGAUCAAAUCUCAAGCCACAAGCUUCCGUUGUUUCUGGGAGGAAGUUAUCAGGCUGCUUGAAUGUGCAAAGUGAAAGGUACUCCGGCUUCCUCCCACAGCCCAAACUCAUGCAGGUUAGAUUGGUUGGAGGCUCUAAAUUACCCAUAGGGGUGAAUAUGUGUAAUUCAUGACUAAUUUUUUAUACCAAAUUCAGACAGCCAGCUGCAGUCUGAUACUAUGUUGUAAAUAGUAUGUUUCCAGUGUACAAUGCUCAAGAGCCAGGUUACUUGUAGUGUGGUAAUUUUACCUGCAGGUGGCGGUGUCCAACCUGUCAUUGAUUACAAAUAAAACUACUUGUUAUGCAGUAAAGUGUGACUGACAAGUAAUGUGUCUCCAAUACCACAGCUGAAAUACAGCGUCUGUUUCACUGACUUGAUUUAAUAGAAAAAAGAUUAUUUGAUUCACAACUGUUACAUUCAAUUAAUUGUGUCAUUCUGGUGAAUCCAACCUCCCUGUUACACUGCAGACACUGACUCCAGAGGUGCACUCAUAUCGGUGCAGAUUUCCCAGCAUGGGAAGGGAGGGACAUGGUGGGGACAGCAGUGUCUCUUCUUGUCUUUCCCCAGUUUGAUUUUUGGUCUGCUUCUCCAGUAAUCUUAUUGGGAACAGCCGACAGCUCACAUUGAUUCACUGCGUUGGUCAAUGACGAAAGAAAACGAGAUUACCGCUCUGAGUUUGUCCAAAUGUGUUAAAGUGAUUCCCGCAGGAGCUCGUUGGGAGAUUUCAUCAGUGCAUCACGAGAGGACAAACUUUGUGAAGAGGAAAUCUUUUCUCCACCUCGGUGAGCAGGUAUUGAUACGUUACGUUACCACAGAAAUCAUCUGUGGGGGACAUGCAGGGACGCAUGCAGCGAUAGAACUAAUGAUUUUGAGACUCUUCUGCUCAACAUCAUCUCCCUGUCCCAGCACCGCUGCUCUUUUAGUAUUUUUCAGUUUUCAAACAUUCUGUGUAUCUAAAGAGAGUCGAUGCUCAGGGUACGUGUCUAUGCUCAUGUCACGCAUUGGUCAUUUAAGAUACAUUAGCAGCACGGUUGUCAUCGGUAUAUUGAUCCACCCAAACCUUGGUUCAGAUUGAAUUAUUGGAUGGUUUCCACGGGACAAAAUCCUAAAGACUUUGUUGAUGACAUGAUUUAGCAGAGAUUGUGGUGAAUUAUACAGAUAUUAACUUAAGCAUGUUAAAGGAAUCUCGAUACUGUGACUCAUCUCAUCUCCACAAUCAACACUUCACAGACUGACUGCAUAACAUCAAAAGCACAUGGUAGCACGUGUAUAUCCAGGAUAUUUUGGCUUCAUUUUUGCACAGUUGGAGGAAGUUGGGACGCGUCUCCCAUCUUUAUCUACUGACUAUGCCUUGGACAGGUUACAAUUUUUGGGACGAAUAAAGGAAUAUCUUAUUUUGUAUUAUAUUAUUUGUAACAUUUUGGUGUAUAGGGGGUUUGGCUUUAUUGUCUUGGAGGAAUUUACUGCAUAAUUCCUCUCGCUGCACAAAGUUGUAGACGUGAGUUCCACGCUGCAGGUUAAAACCAAAGUCCAGCUUAUUUUAAACUUCAGCGGUGGCACGUAUAGGGUUUAAACUAGAUCUGGAUUAACCUUUAAAUUAAAGUAGUUCUGUCGCACAGCUCAGCAAAAGCAGCUGAACGUGAAUGGGGUUCAGGUUAGACAUCAGGAAAAUGAAUAAGGAUAAUAGUGAAACCAUGCGUGUGAGUUUUACAUGGAGAACAAAGGCAGCAGUGGGAGCAGAAUUCAUAAGCCUAAUGGGUCUAAUUGCCUUCGAGGAUUUAUUGAUGUGUAAUUAAAUAAAACUGUGAACCGUUA